AUGUGGAACUACAUCUUGUCAUUACAUCCACAACCUUUGAAGAUGGAGCUCACCAACUUCAAGUCUCCACUCUCCAGCCGUUCGCCUCGCCAGCGACAGCGAUCAGGCCGCCUCCACUCUCCAGCCGUUCGCCAGCCGUUUGCCAGCCGUUCACCAGCCGUUCGACAGCGAUUCGCCAGCGAUCAGGCCGCCUCCUCUUAUUUCCGGCGAUCUCACAGUCGCCACUCGCCAGCGAAGAUCAGCGAAGGCCGUCGCCCUCACCCUCAGGCCGUCGGAUCUUGCCCUCAGGCCGUCGGAUCUUGCCCUCAGGCCGUCGGAUCUCGCCCGCUUCGUCUUCGUCGGAGCCUUCGUCUUCUGCAUAAGUAUGGUCGCAUAGUGGACAUUGAAUUGAAGAAUCCACCCCCACCCCCCGGUUAUUGUUUUGUGGAGUUUGAAAGUGCUCGAGAUGCUGAUGAUGCUGUCAGGGGUCGUGAUGGCUAUAACUUUGAUGGAUACCGUUUGAGGGUUGAGCUGGCUCAUGGAGGCAGGGGACGUUCAAGUUCAUCUUCAUUUGGACGGGGUAGCAGUUAUGGAAGUGGUGGAGGCAGCAAAUAUGGAAUUUCCCGCCGUUCGGAAUAUCGAGUUGUUGUUCGUGGACUACCACCUACAGCUUCAUGGCAACAUCUAUAGGAUCAUAUGAGAAAGGCUGGGGAUGUUUGCUUUGCUCAAGUUUUUCGUGAUGGGGAUGAGAAGUGCUUAAGGCCUUAUCCAAAUGUGAGACAGGUUAAGAAAUUAUCUCGGUCCAAAACGUGUGGCUUUCAAAUAACUCAAGAAUUCCCAAACAACUUCCAAACACGGAAGGAACUGAGGAGGUGCCUUCAAAAGCCGGUCCUUGAUCUGAUUACGAUUCAGAAGAUUGACUUCCACCUUUGGAAGAGAACUUGAACCACUUGAAGUUGGAGGACAGUGAAGAAAGUGAAGAAGAUGAUGAAUGAGGAAUCCUUUCAUCGAAAUCUGUAUGAGGUCUUUUCUUGACUUCGACUGAGCAUAAAUUUAAAUAGAUAUAUCUGGUUUAUUGACCCAUGUGGCCCCAGUUCCGAGGCUCGCCUCAUAAUACCACUAUUAACAAAGUUCUUAACCCAGUAUUGUUAAGCUUAUUGCAUUUGUAAUAAACCUAAA